UAUGAACUCAAAGUAUUCAAAUAUUAAUUAUUAAGAUGCGGUAAUCUGAUUUAUAGAUUAAUUUAUAAAUUAGAUAAUUAAAACUAUGAGACAUCUAUUGCUACAUCUUAGCAUUGGACAAUGACAUAAUAAGAAAAUGGUCAAAGAGCACGUAUUAACAAUUAAUGAGUAUUUAGCUUGAACAACUUAUUAACAAGUCCAAAUCCAGGUAAAGUUCAAGAUAAUUAUGAUGGCAUUAAAAAUAAUGUCACUUGAUCUUAAUACAGCUGAUAAAAACAAAUUAUAGUAAAAAGCAGAAAGUUCAAUUACC